AUGAGUCCCCCGUCGUGCCGAGGAGGCGGGCUCGCCGGCAGGAGGUCCCGCCGAGGCUUCCGCGGCGCUCUGGUCCGGCGUCCCGGCGAGCAGGCGGUGAUGCUGCUGGCGGCGGGCGGCGGCGGCGGCGGGAGCCGGAGGCAGCAGGCGCCGCCGGCCCAUCCCGAGGGCGGCCCUCAGCCCGAGGCCGUGGAGCAGCAGCGCCGGAGCCUGCCCAUCUUCCAGGCGCGGCGGCAGCUGCUGGUCCAGCUCCGGAACCUGGACAGCGCCAUCCUCAUCGGUGAAACUGGCUCUGGGAAGACGACUCAGCUCCCUCAAUACCUCUAUGAAGGAGGCAUUAGCCGCCAGGGCAUCAUUGCUGUGACCCAGCCUCGUCGAGUAGCUGCCAUCUCUCUAGCUACUAGAGUCUCAGAUGAGAAAAGAACUGAGCUAGGGAAGCUGGUUGGCUAUACAGUACGUUUUGAUGAUGUCACCUCAGAAGAUACCAGGAUCAAGUUCCUGACAGAUGGCAUGCUUCUUCGUGAAGCAAUUUCAGACUCCUUGCUUCGAAAGUACAGCUGUGUCAUUUUAGAUGAAGCCCAUGAACGGACAAUUCAUACAGAUGUGCUCUUUGGUGUGGUGAAAGCUGCACAGAAAAGGCGAAAGGAACUGGGGAAACUGCCCCUCAAAAUAGUUGUGAUGUCAGCUACGAUGGAUGUAGACCUGUUCUCUCAGUAUUUCAAUGGUGCCCCUGUACUCUACCUGGAGGGUCGGCAGCAUCCAAUCCAGAUUUUUUACACAAAACAACCUCAGCAUGAUUAUCUGCACGCUGCACUUGUUUCAGUCUUCCAGAUCCACCAGGAAGCUCCUUCUUCUCAGGACAUCCUGGUGUUCCUUACUGGUCAGGAGGAGAUAGAAGCAAUGAGCAAGACCUGCCGGGACAUUGCAAAGCACCUGCCAGAUGGCUGCCCCUCAAUGCUGGUCCUGCCUCUCUAUGCUUCCCUGCCCUAUGCACAACAGCUCCGUGUCUUUCAGGUGGCCCCAAAGGGCUAUCGCAAAGUCAUCAUUUCAACUAACAUCGCUGAAACUUCCAUAACCGUUACAGGAAUAAAAUAUGUAGUUGACACUGGCAUGGUUAAAGCAAAGAAGUAUAACCCUGAUAGUGGUCUGGAGGUGUUAGCUGUGCAGCGGGUAUCCAAAACCCAAGCAUGGCAACGCACAGGACGAGCGGGUAGAGAGCAGAGUGGCAUUUGUUACAGACUCUACACAGAGGAUGAGUUUGAGAAGUUUGAGAAGAUGACUGUGCCAGAGAUCCAAAGGUGUAACCUAGCAAAUGUGCUGUUGCAGCUCCUAGCAAUGAAAGUCCCAAAUGUCCUCACCUUUGACUUCAUGUCAAAACCCUCUCCAGAUCACGUACAGGCAGCUAUUGCCCAGUUGGACCUGUUAGGUGCUCUUGAACGUAAGGAUGAGCAGCUUACCCUGACUGCAGUUGGAAGAAAGAUGGCGGCUUUUCCCUUAGAACCCAGAUUUGCCAAAACUAUUCUCCUGUCCCCCAAAUUUCACUGUACAGAGGAGAUACUGACCAUUGUGUCCCUGCUGUCUGUGGACAGUGUACUCUACAACCCUCCCUCCCGGCGGGAUGAAGUACAGAGUGUCCGGAAGAAGUUCAUAUCUAGUGAGGGGGAUCAUAUCACCUUGCUCAACAUCUACCGAACCUUCAAAAACAUAGGCGGGAAUAAGGAUUGGUGCAAAGAGAAUUUUGUCAACAGCAAGAAUAUGAUGCUAGUAGCUGAAGUCAGAGCACAGUUGAGGGACAUCUGCCUAAAGAUGUCAAUGCCAAUCAUGUCAUCCCGGGGAGACACAGAGAACAUUCGCCGCUGCCUUGCUCAUAGUCUCUUCAUGAACACUGCCGAGCUUCAGCCGGAUGGCACCUAUGCCACCACGGACACCCACCAGCCUGUGGCCAUUCACCCCUCGUCUGUCCUUUUCCACUGCAAGCCAGCCUGCGUUGUGUAUACUGAGCUGCUCUACACCAACAAAUGCUACAUGCGAGACCUCUGUGUUGUGGACACUGAGUGGCUGUACGAGGCUGCCCCUGAGUACUUCAGGAAAAAGUUGAGGACUGCCAGAAACUGAGCCACCCUACAGGCUGCCAGAACUGUGGGUGUCUGUGCACUAAGACCGCAGUUGUUCUUGUAGUACAUUUCAGCUUGACAGCUAGAGAAGUGAGACUGAAUUAUGAAUUCCUAAUACAAUUGUGUAGACUUAGAGCAUUUAUACCUUGGAAACCUAAAAUCUUGCUUUUUGGGGGUUGGAGAGAUCAGCCCAGUGGGCUGGAGUGCAUGCUAUGCAUACUCCGAAGGUCCCUGACGCCAUAUAAUGCCUCAAGCACCAUUGGGAGCUCCCCCUGAGUGUGGAAUUGCCCCUGAGCAGUGUCUUUUGUGGCCUCUCAAAAACUGAAACCAACAAAGCAUUGUUUUGGGUUCUUAUUGGGUGAUUUUGGAUGAUUUAGUUAACGUCUGAAUCUCAGUUUCACCUCUGCCUAAUGGGAUAAUAUAAUUAAAAGGUUGGGAUGACCAAGUUCAGAGAAACCUAAUGGAAAGUACCCAGAACUGUACCUGAUUCAAGAUCAAAACACAGUGAAUCAUGAACCUUUAUUCUUGAUAUUUAGCUUUUUCCAUGAUGUGAAUUGAGUAUAGCAAACUCCCCUUUGGAUUCUUAAAGAUGGGGAAAUUUUUUAAAGGGGACCCUAAGAGUUUGCAGGGCUCAGAUAGUGUCCUUUUAUCAAUUUUAAUGUCUAUCUGUAUAUUUUUAAAACUGCAAACUUGAGAAAUUGCUAUGGAAGUUUUGGGAGGAACGUGCUGUAGUUUCAUACCUCGUGGGCUAGUUGUCCCUACUAGACCUCAUUUCCAGCAUGUGUACUCUCUUGCCACUUCCAAGCAGAGGCCAAUAAAGGCACUCUCCUAAAGAUUUCUGGGCUCGGGCUCUCUAUCCUCAGUGCUUCUGUAUGUAGCACACUCCUCUACCCAUGUUUCCAGGAGACAUGGAAUCUUCUCUUUGUGAAGGUUGAUUUGUAUCUUCUGAAUCGUAUCAAGUGAAGACUCAGGAAACUUUCCUUGUGAUGUAUUGGCUUCCAGUAUACCUAGUUCCCAUUUUUCUUUCUAAAAUAAGGACUCACACCUUGGCUCAUUUUCAGCCAUUAGCCAUCAUUCCUCUUCGGCAUGACCUCUGGUUAGGGUUGCUGAGGAGAGAGGCAAAUGGUCAGUGAGAACCAAGAUAGCAUUAUCUCCUCCACCCACUGUAUCUGCUUACUAUUCUUGCAUCUUAUUUCUUUACUAUGAUCCUUUUUCCCCUUCAUUGGGAGUUGGAGGGCAACCUGGUUGUAGCUUCCUGGGCCAGUUACUUCUCUCCAGCCCUCAGACAUGACAUUUCUCAGAGGGAUGUAGAGCUUAUCUAGAGUGUUUUUCUCUUCUCACAUUUUGAGAAAACACACCCCACAAAGUAUUUUCUUGACUAUUACCAGAAUAUAUCCCUAGAGAAUGUUUCGCCCCAAAAGAAGCCAAAAUCAGGUACAUUUAUUUUGUUUGAUUGGACUAAAUGUAUAUGUGCAAUAGUUGGUUUAUUACUUACAAAAUAAAUGAUGUGAUUUUGUUGUUGCUGUCUUGGGGCCACAUGACUGUGUUCAGGACUUACUCCUGGCUCUGUACUCAGUGAUCAUCUGAUGGUUCUUGGGUGGCCAUAUGGGGUUCUGUUACUAGAUUGACCACAUACAAAGCCUAAACCCCUCUACUAUCUCUGCCCCCAAAUACAAAAGACUCUUCUAAAGGUAGAAGAUGCUAAUUUUACUGGAGGUUCAGUGAGUACUUCUUGAGGUCAUAGCUGACUGGAGUAUCCUGGAUCCAGGUCUCAUCUUUCUGAUCUGCAUAUCAAAUCUGACAUGGACUUUGCUCUUGGUCUACACCUGGUGAUGCCCAGGGUAUAUUCCUGACUCUGCACUCAGGGGUCACUCCUGGUAGGCUCGAGGGACCAUAUGUAGUACCAGGGAUCAAACCUAGGUUGGCCGUGUACAAGACAAGUGCCCUACUUGCUCUACUGUAACUCCAGUCCCUGAGUAUACAAACUCUUAACCGGUGUUCAGUGAAUGAACAUUUGUGCUUUGUUUCUGUUAAGGUAAAAGGUAA